CGUAAACUCGCCGGCGAUUGCCUUGACAUCUUCAUAUUAUAUAAAUCUCACUCUUCUCUUCCACCUUCCAAGUUCUGAUAGUACUCUCCUUAUCGGAGUUGAUUUUCCGGCGAGCGCAACUUUGAACUCCGACGGACAUUCUAGAGUUUCUUCAUCCAAGAGCUGGUGGCGGCGGAGGCGGCGGAGGUGAUUGGAUGGGAUAUGGCGGAGCCACCGUUGUUGCCGUUGAAGGAGAACAAGAUAGCCAAAGGAACUUUUGCAGUGGUUGGAAUCAUGUCUACUCUCGUCAUUUAUGGCAUCUUACAGGAAAAGAUCAUGAGAGUUCCCUACGGACCGAACAAAGAAUUUUUUUCGUACUCAUUGUUUCUUGUCUUUUGCAAUCGGAUUACCACCUCUGCGGUCUCUGCCGGAGUUUUACUGGCAAGUAAGAAGGCCUUGGACCCAGUAGCUCCACUCUAUAAAUAUGGUGUUGUUUCUAUUUCUAACAUCCUUACAACUACUUGUCAGUAUGAGGCUCUCAAGUACGUUAGCUUUCCUGUUCAAACCCUGGCAAAAUGUGCCAAGAUGAUACCUGUAAUGAUCUGGGGUGCUAUCAUUAUGCAAAAGAAGUACCAAGGACAGGACUAUCUUUUGGCAUUCCUAGUAACUCUGGGUUGUUCAUUAUUUAUUCUGUAUCAGGGUGCAGGUGACAUCAGUCCCUUCAAUAGAGGAAGGGAAAGCACAGUCUGGGGAGUUUCUCUGAUGAUAGGCUAUCUUGGGUUUGAUGGCUUCACGAGUACUUUUCAGGACAAACUUUUUAAAGGCUAUGAUAUGGAAAUACACAAUCAAAUAUUCUAUACAACGGUCUGUUCGUGUCUUCUUAGUUUCACUGGUCUAAUUUUGCAAGGCAAUCUUCUCAUGGCAAUAGAUUUUGUAUGCCGCCAUCAUGAUUGUUUCUUUGAUAUUGCUCUGCUUUCGACUGUAGCAACUGCAAGUCAGUUUUUUAUUUCUUACACAAUCCGCACAUUUGGUGCUCUAACAUUUGCAACCAUAAUGACCACAAGACAGUUGGUGAGCAUUUUACUGUCAUGCUUGUGGUUUGGCCAUCCUUUGAGCUGGGAGCAAUGCAUCGGAGCUGUUAUCGUGUUUGGAUCCCUUUAUGCAAGAAGCUUCUUGAAGACAAAAGAGAAGGCAAUGGCUGAAACUAAAGUCCCAGGUGGUUCAUAAGGAAAAGUCUAUCACAAAAUAAGUGAAUUGAAAAAUAUUCAUCUCUCUGCAACUUUGAAGCUGCUGUGUAACUAACUAAACAAGGCGUGCUAUUUUUGGAAUUCCAUACGGAAGGCUACUUGCUGGUGCAUACAACGGCAUAAGCAAGAUUUUGACUAGCCUUCCUCAAAUCUUUGCAGGUCAAAUUACAGCCUCACUAAGCAAUACAAGUUGUAUGAUCUUCAUUCAA